AUGGCCUCUUCAAUCCAUUCGGGCGCGCACCCGUCGUCUGCUCUUGCAACGCCUCAUGGAUCGCCCGGCAAGCUCCCUUCCUCCUCUUCAUCUGACCGGCUGUUUCGACUCGACGCUGACCCCUCCACGCAAGUGAGAGAAGCAAGAUGUACUUCUGACAUGAGCAGCCUCCCUCGCAUCGUUCGCAUCUACCUGUGCCUCCUCGCAAAGACCACAAUUUUGGAGGAUGAAGAGGCAGCAGAAAGCAGCCUGUGGGCUGCGUCUUUGGAGCCAGAACGCGGCGAUGCGGAGAACCGUGCUGGGAACGCCGAUCCCGACGCGCCUUUGGUCAAUCGCUCUAGGUUGGAGCGUGGACUGCGUAUCUUGAAUGCGAAGAAGGCUGCAGGGCAAGGCCUCUUCUACGACUAUUUCACGCCCAAGGAGCUGAGCGCUCGUCCAAUUUACCCGUUUUUGCCUCCCGGCCUCCAAGAAGAAGAUCUGCUGGAUUUGUGCAGCAGUAGAAGCUCACCCCUGGCUUGCACCAACUUCAUCGUUCCUCUGCCCGACAUCGAUCUCAACGUCGCACCCUCCACUCUUCUGCACACGAUUGUCGCUUGGCUGUACUCAGAUCUGUUCCCGUCCCACUUCCUUUUCCGUCAACCUCGGUAUGUCUGCAAUGAGGACUUUGAAGACGUACCCAUCGACAUGGACGCCGAGUACAAUGACACUUGGCUAAACUCUGCGGCGAAGGGUCUUCACCCCUAUCAUCUAUUCUCGUGGGCCCAUGACGCUGCCGCAUUAGCACACAUCCUGCCGGUCAUACAGCGCCAGGUAACCCACUUCUGCACUGAACAACGUUUCAAAGCUUGUUUCCUAAUCAACGGCGUCGAGCUCGAAAUAGGUUCGACUCUGAUGGUACCUGAGCCACGUGCGUGCGACUGCGAAGCUUGCGAAGCUAGCGCGUCUUUCAUCAAUCAACUUAUGGCCACAGCUCAUUAUCAGCCACUCAGAAACGCAUCCCCUCCUCUCCCCUCCUCUCCAUCAGCCCACCACCGCCCCAAGCGACGACUUCGCCUUCGCCCCCUCCACUGCCUCCUCGUUCUCAGCGCACUCUGCGUCGUCGCUGUCCUCUCCACCAUUCUCCUCCUCAAAGGCCAGUACCUCAGGCUCUGCCUUCCCGGUCCCGUCUACAAGCUCUCGCCGGCGCUUCACCAGAAAAUUGCCUGCUCGCCUGCCCCAGCCCCCGCUGCCUACGCUGCGCAGAACGCUACUGCUUCUAAAGUUUCACGACCCUUUACCACUACGGCCGCGCCUUCAUCAACCUCCACCCUCGCAUCGCAGAUUGACAUCAUGGUUGGGAGACUCUCCGAUCUCCUCCAGUCUCAGAACCAGCUCUUCGUCGAUGACCUGAAGAAGGGCCAUGGGUCUGGAUGGCACCUGGUGAAUGGCAACGAGGCAGGUGACCUCGACUCCAUCUCCUCGGCUGUCGCGUUCGCCGUCCUGAAUACCGCCCUCAAGGCGCAGCGGACUGUGCCUCUCAUGAUGACGCCCUCGAAGUACAUCCGCCUGCGUCCCGAGAACCUCCUCGCUCUCAAGACUUCUCUGAUUGGCCCCGAGGAUCUCCUGUCCCCCGAGGACCUGCCCGUGUCGACGGAGGAGCUCGGCUCGCUCGGCGUCAGGUUCGACCUCGUCGACCACAAUCGUCUGCUGCCGGACUUUGGCGACAACGAGGACAAGGUUGACGCGAUCAUCGACCACCACGAGGACGAGGAGCGCUCGGACGGCGCCAUGACUCGCUUGAUUGUCUUCCCGACCGGCAGCUGCUCCAGUCUCGUCACUAAGCACUUCCAGCCUGAAUGGCAGGCUUCGAUCUCCGGACCAGCUGGUAUCGCUGGAUCACCGGUGCCCCGCGAGCUUGCGACCCUUCUGCUGUCCUCAAUCAUGAUCGACACUCAUGGGCUCAAGGAGGGCGGCAAGGCCACUGAUGUCGACCGUGCGGCCGCUGCGUUCCUGUACCCCCUCUCGACGUUUGUCGAUGACAACAAGGUUAUAGCCCUGCAGUCGAUCGCGGGCGACCAGGUCCCCGACCCGCUGCUGCGUUUCGGCAACGAGCUUGUCGAGGUCAAGUUCAACGUCACUGGCAUGUCGACGCACGACCUGCUUAUUCGUGACUACAAGCAGUAUGUGUGGCACCCCAAGAACACGAAGAAGGUGCAGGUCCUCAACAUUGGUCUCGCGACUGUCCCGAUGUCUCUGAAGAACCAGCUCAAGCAGGAGAAGGACGAUUGGACGACCUACCUGCAGACGUGCGACAGCUUCAUGACUGAGAAGGGCAUCGACGUGCUCGGCGUUCUCACGACGUACAAGAGCGAGAAGAAGGGCAAGAGCAAGCGCGAGAUCCUGCUCGUUGUCCGCCCCGGUGGCAGCAUCCCCGACGCUGCUCUCUGUCGCUACGUUAGCGACACCCUCGCUGCCGGCAUGGAGCGAACAGGCGGUGUUCUCGACCUGCUGCCUUGGGAGGGCAAGGGCAAGAAGCUCGAGUACGCCGACAAGUUUGGCGAGGUCGCUGUUGGACACGACGGCCGUGUCGCCCGCGUCUGGGAGCAGGGCAACGCCAAGUCCACCAGGAAGCAGGUUGCUCCGGCGAUCAUGGACAUUGUCCACGAUGACAUCUAA